UUCAGUUCCGCCCAGAAGGGAAAUGACGCCGGUGCAGAAGAUGGUGUCCGUAAAUCCUGUGGGCUGCCGUGGUUCUGGAGCCGUCUAAUUCAGAGCCGUGUCGGGGGGUCCUUUCGUCCGGCAGAUGGAUUACCGUCGGGAUCCGGCAGUUCACCGCUGCCCGCCUCUCUCCUGAUCCCGGAGCUGAACCCCCAACUUCAUGUCCGACGGAGCCAGAGCUGCCUGGUCGAAGAGGGGUUGUGGGGAUUCGCACCGCCGAGAACCGGGGAAACAUAAACACAGGAAAUGCGAGCGGCCUCGUAGCGCUCAGCCGUCACAGCCUGCGAUCGUUCGGCCGGGCUCCAAAAGGUGUGUUAUGUCGGGGGGAGAUGUGGAGGUGUACCUGUCCCAGGUGCAUGAUGGGAGCGUGUCGUCGGGUUUCCGUGCUCUGUAUGAGGAGCGUCUGCUGCUGGACGUCACGCUGCUGAUAGAGGAGCACCACUUCCAGGCUCACAAGGCGCUGCUGGCCACGCAGAGCGACUACUUCCGGGUUAUGUUCACGGCCGACAUGCGGGAGCGGGACCAGGAUAAGAUCCACAUGAAGGGGCUGACGGCCGCCGGCUUCGGCCACAUCCUGCGCUUCAUGUACUACGGCUCUCUGGAGCUCAGCAUGCCCACCGUGCAGGAGAUCCUGCAGGCGGCCAUGUACGUCCAGCUGACGGAGGCGGUGGAGUUCUGCUGCUCCUUCCUGCUGGCUAAGAUCUGCCUGGAGAACUGCGCCGAGGUCAUGCGCCUCCUGGAGGACUUCAGCGUCGGCGUGGAGGGCGUCCAGGAGCAACUCGACAACUUUCUCCUCGACAACUUCGUCCCUCUGAUGAGCCGAGCCGACUUCCUGUCCUACCUCAGUCUGGAGAGACUCCAGGCCUACCUGAACAGCGACGCUCUGAGCCGCUACCCGGAGAUCGAGCUGUACGAAGCCGUCCAGGCGUGGCUGAGACACGACCGGCGGCGCUGGAGGCACACCGACACCAUCGUGCAGUCCAUCCGCUUCUGUCUCAUGACGCCGGCGGACAUCUUUGAGAAGGUGAAAACGUCGGAGUUCUACCGGUACUCCAGGCAGCUGAGGCAGGAAGUUGACCAGGCGCUCGGAUAUUUCCACGACGUCAACCAGCAGCCGCUGUUGGAGACGCGUUCCAACCGCAUUCGCUCCGUCCGGCCGCAGACCGCCGUGUUCAGGGGGAUGAUCGGCCACAGCAUGGUGAACAGCAAGAUCCUGCUGCUGCAGCGGCCAAAGGUGUGGUGGGAGCUGGAGGGCCCUCAGGUGCCGCUCCGACCCGACUGCUUGGCCAUCGUCAACAACUUUGCCUUCCUGCUGGGCGGAGAGGAGCUGGGGCCCGACGGCGAGUUUCACGCCUCCUCCAAGGUUUAUCGCUACGACCCACGGCAGAACUCGUGGCUGCGCAUGGCGGACAUGUCUGUUCCCAGGUCAGAGUUCGCGGUGGGAGUCAUCGGGAAGUUCAUCUACGCCGUGGCGGGCCGAACCCGAGACGAGACCUUCUACUCCACGGAGCGCUAUGACAUCACGGAGGACCGCUGGGAGUUUGUGGAUCCGUAUCCUGUCAACAAGUACGGCCACGAGGGAACCGUCCUGAACGGGAAGCUCUACAUCACCGGCGGCAUCACGUCCUCCUCCACCUCCAAGCAGGUGUGUGUGUUCGACCCGGGCCGGGAGGCCAGCGGCAGCGGAGGCGGGUCGGGCGGGUCGGACUCCCACAGGACGCGCUCGGCCCGCGGCCCGCUGCUGCCCGGAACCCACGCCAGCUGCUGGGAGAACAAGUCCAAAAUGAACUACGCUCGCUGCUUCCACAAGAUGAUCUCCCACAACGGGAAGCUGUACGUGUUCGGCGGCGUGUGCGUGAUCCUGCGGGCCUCCUUCGAGUCGCAGGGCUGCCCGUCCACCGAGGUGUACGACCCGGAAACGGACGAGUGGACCAUCCUGGCCUCCAUGCCCAUCGGCCGCAGCGGCCACGGCGUGGCGGUGCUGGACCGGCAGAUCAUGGUGCUGGGCGGCCUGUGCUACAACGGCCACUACAGUGACUCCAUCCUCACCUUUGACCCGGACGAGAACAAGUGGAAGGAGGACGAGUAUCCCAGGAUGCCUUGCAAACUGGACGGCCUGCAGGUGUGCAGCCUGCACUUCCCAGAGUACGUGCUGGAGCACGUCCGGCGCUGCAGCUGAGGUCCGCUUCACGUUUUGUACCGACGGACUGUCCGCCUGGCGCCGCUGCGCGGGAACCAGGCGUCUCCGGGCGGGUCGACCCGGCGACCAGCGCUUACCGACAGGUGAGGCGCCGGGCGGCUCGGGCGUUUUCACAGUUACCCUUUCUCAGAAAAUUAAAGGAAAAAAUGAUGUCAGAAAACAAAAAGGUUUCAUUCACUUACGUUUGAACUGGAGCGACCAGAAACGCACUGGAAGCAUCAGAGCCCGGGUCUGGUUCUGGUUCUGGUUUCUCCUGAACACCUUUGACGCAUAGCUUAGCUGAAAUACUUUAAACCCAACUAAACGAAUCAGAUAUUCAACAUGACACUAUACUCGGUAGCGUAGAUGAACUCGGUGGUUUCGGACUCAUCUGGUUCCGGUUUGGCUUCCAGUGCGUUCCAGUUUUCAGUCCCAGUUUCCCACCGAGCCGCAAACACGUUCAUCCCACGCCGCGUCCCUCUGCUCCCCGCCGCCGCCGCACCGAGAGGAAACCGCGGCGUUAGAUUUAGGAGCUGCGCUGCUGCCGUUUGGUUUCGUUUACAUUCCUGCACUUUAUCGGUUCUCAAUGUGAGUGUAAAUAGUUUCCUGCUCUGGAGGAGAGAAACUGACCCGGUUUGACCCAAAUCAGGGCUUUUUGGGGGCAUUUCAACAAAUCUGGACCUCAUUCAAGAACAUUUGGAUGUUUAUUUUCCACCUGAUUGUUGAUGGGAAUAAAAACAUUUUAAUCUGGGGAUGGAAUCUGUGACAGCAGUAAUUAGUAGAGAUUAUCAUCCAUGUAUUACUGCUGCUACUUAAAUAUUGAUCAUGUGUUGAAACAUACAGAAGCUUGGAAAUAAAUUCAGGAGCUGACCUGAAUUUAUUUGCGUGUUAAAACGUUUCCAUAGUAACAAAACUUCUACGAUAAAAGUUUUAUAAUCUGCUGUCUGCCAAAAACAUCAGCUGGUCUUAGUUGCUUUAUUUGUUUUGCAUUUGCUUUAUUAAAAUAUGCAAAAUUAAAUACUGAAAACCAAAAUGUGCUUAAAAUAUCCAAACUGGCACCAGUAUUUAUAAUAUUGUAUUAAAUGUAAGUUAUAGAUAUCAGCACAAAAUUGGCGGUAAAAUUAGCUUUGGUUACGCUAGCUCCAGCUAACUUCAUAGCUAGAUUUAGUUUGAUUUGACAAAAAAACUAAAAAAUUUACUUGACUUCUUAUGUAACUAAAUAAACUGUAACUAACUGAAAAAAUAAUUCCAGGUAAGUUUAACCUCAAUAUCUUCAGUUAUUUGAAACAAACAGGGAUCCAAAGUGCUAAAGUUAGCUUCAGGUCAUGAUGUCGCUACAGCUAUCUUAGCAGCUAGCUUUAAACUGUCUAGGUUAGUUUUUAGUUUAAUAACCACUUAAAAAUAUAUACAAUAAAUUUGAAAAUAGUAUGCAAUUGAAUCACAAAAUUGCAAAAAAAAGAAAAAAAUUGUAAAGUUAGCUUUAAAAUGUGUUUCCACCAUAAACUGCUUUAACUGCUUUGCUAUGUGUGACAGAAUGAAAAUAAUAUUUUCAUUCAGUGUGUAAGUUAUAGAAGACCAAACAUGAGCAGAUAAACCUACCUUCAGCUAAUGCUAACUAUAGCUAACCUAGGUGUAAUUAGCUACAGCUAACAGUUAGCAUUCACUUCAUUUGGUAUACAAACACUAACUUAUUUAUUAAUAUGUAAUUAUGUAGGAUGACUUAAAAAUAAAUAUAUAACAUAUUUACACCAAAUAGACUCAGCUCUAGUUUAGGUGAGCCACAGUUAACUUUAUUUGGCCAACAAAUUUUAUUCCAUCACAGUUUUUUCUCAAAAUAGAAUGUUGUGUUUUCAUUAUUUACAAAAACAUUGAUAAAAUUAGUGUAGUUAAAUCACAGUAUUUUAUCACAGUAAAAGUAAUUAAAAUGAACAGAAACAUUCAAACUUCAUCAUUAAUAAAUAUUCUGCUUUCUUAUGUAAUUAUGUGACAUAUCGAAACAAUACUUCUUUUUACCUAAUUGAAUCUCAUUUACAGUUUUGGAUAAUGUUAGCAUAUCAUGUUAAAGUUAGCGUUAGCUUAAACUAGCUAUGUUAGCUGCUAGCUUUCACUUGAUUCAGCCUGAAACCUUCAAAUAUCCAAUUGGUUUGUUUUUUUUUCCCAUGUUGAUAAAUUACAAGUUAAUAGAUAUAAAAUGUUUAACAGUUUAAUCGUAUAAACAUUCAAAAAUAAUAAACUGUUGUUACUCCACUUUAGGUGUAGAAUUAUUUAUUAUAAUCAAAUUUAAACUGUUAUUUACAGAAAACCAACUUGGAUUACGGUGAAAUCACUUAGCUUUAGCAUUGGCUAGCUAAAACUAGCUAGCUUGAUAUUAGCUCCCUCCUUAAUUUAGUUUAUCUUCUUCCAUUCUUGUUUUCUUCUUUCCAUUUUGGACACAGCUGCUCACUCAUUUGGUCAAAUAUGUUGGUUUUUUGUGCCAAAAUAGACGAAGAAGAAGAAAAAAUGUUUGAAGUUCAGUUGGAGGAUUUUUUUAUUUCUUUGCCAGAUAUUUCAGCUGUUAUUCUGAGAUGUUCUUGUUUGAGGUCCAUUGGUAAUUUACCUCGGCUAAAUGAUUACCAGCCUUCGUUUCAACAAAAAACAGACUGUUUUCAUUUCAGACAGAUAAUUUAAUCGUUUUCUGGCAGAUCUAAUCCCGCCGUUGUCUUAGAUUAAAGCUCGCACAUUUCAUCCUCCAGGCCACGUAGCUGAGCUGACGACCAGCCUGUUUUAUUUUGUUUUGAGCUAACUGUGAAAAGGGCUAGAGCAAAUAAUGAUGCCGUCACGUCUUUCUGCUGCGUAUUUAUUUAAUUUAUGAGGUAGUGCUUUUCACUGAGCUAUGCAGUAACAGUAUUAGGAAUGUUUUUAUGAUCGGAAUUUCAUUCACAGCCCGGUUCUUCAGUGUUUCUGUCGUUUUUCAUCUCCACCCUGCAGCAGCAUGUGAGUUUCUCCGUUUUAUUUAUUUUUCUGUUAUUGAUGAAUCAGUAAAGUCAGAACAGAUUUACUUCCUGAAGUCUGUCUUGAUGUGAAUUAUAAAUAUAUCAGGAACUUGAAGGCAAACAUUCAUUUCAAAUGGUCAUCCUGGAGCAUUUAUUAUUGCGUCAUCCCUUUACAUUUCCUCCGGGUCGCCGUUAAUCGCCGCUCCGCUCCAACGUUGCUGUUUGAAGAAGAAACUUGUAACCAAUAAAGUUCAGCCGUCCCCACCUGAGGAACACGCAGCAUCCUUUAGUCCGCCAUUUUCCCAUCUGUCCGUAGGAAAACAGAUCAGAGGACGCUAAAAAAAUAAACUUUCAUUGCUUAAACGACUGUAUGGGGAAAAGAGAGAAAAAUCUGAAUAACAUAUCUUACUCUGAGUAGAAACUCUUUGGAAACGAUUUGUAACCUUUCCAGAAAUAAAUGUUCAUACUGGUCAA